CGGAAACAAGUCCACUCCAUGUCGAAUCUGUGGGGUCUGAGCCAUAUGAGCGUGGGCUCGGGGAAGCUCAAACGCGUGCUGCUCAGUAAAUGUGCCCUGGCCAAGACGGGAAAUCCGAGUGAUCGCAGAUGGAACCCGUCUCGAGAUGCGUGGCUACCGGGCUAUAUUGACCCCAGACUGGUGCUGUUCCACUGGAUAUCGUCCACCAUCUGCUUCCAGACGUGUCUGAAUGUGCUGCAACUGCCCCGACCCAUCAACACCAUCAUGGAUGUCCGAGGUGACUAUGGCACGGUGUAUGCCUUGUUUGAGACGCCUUCCGAUGCUGCCUCUGCCCUCCUCGCACUCCACGGCGCACGGCCUCAUUGGAAUGUCAACGCUGGAGACCGCAAUAUCGAAGCCUGUUAUCUACGAUUGCCAUUUGGCUUCAGUCUGACUUCACACCUCCUCGCCGCCGGCUUUAGUCGUCUGCCUGCUCUCGUGCACCAAGCUUUCCACACCUCUCAGAGCCGCGACCCCAAUGAUCCCCAUUCGGGCUCUGUAUCGCCAUCGAUACCUGCGUGUCUGCCACCGCCGCGACGCUCGUCCUUGGCUCCCGGCACAGCAAGCCCGACGGAGUUGGCGAAUGCUCUCUUCCGUAUCUCUUCCUCGCCCCGACAGUAUCCGCCCCUCUCCAGCUCGGCCCUCCACAGUCGAAGAGGAAGCGUGUCUCGACGAUUGUCGCUGUCAUCGUCGCUGUCCCGCGAUCUCGGCUACAUCUCCGCCAGCAGUCAGGUCGACUCGGAAUACAGCUUUGGGACGAAUGCUUCGAAAAAGCGGCGACGAGCCCCGAAAGUCCCCGGUGGCUACCCUUGUGCGGUACAUGGUUGCGACAAAGUGUUUGAUCAUCAAGGAGAGCUCACGAAACACGAAAAGGUCCAUGGCACGGAUCGACCACAUGUCUGCACACAAUGCGGCAAAGGCUUCUCAUAUCCAAAAGACUUGCGUCGGCACGAGAGGACACAUACCGUCGAGUCGAUGACUGUCUCACCCAUCUUGGAGCCUGCAGAUGCAAUCGAUGAUGGCUUUGAUACGUAUGAUACGCAGUUCGAAAACAACAAUGUCGAAGCCGCUUUCACUAUGCUCGCUUCAGACACGAAUACGGGAGUCUGUGUCUACUGCGGAAAAGGCUUUUCCAAUCCUCCCGACUGGGGCAUCAGAAGCCAACACCUCGUCACUUGCCACGGUUUAGAAAGUCUGCUUCCUCCUGCAUGUAGUAGUAGUAGUAGUCAUCAGAGAAAUACGCCAUCAUUCGCGAGGAUAUGUCAUUCUGCUUGAGUUGUUUAUAUAUUAGUUAUAUCUAUCUUUGUGCCUGCGAGGCGUGAUGGAUGGAUGGAGUCGGAGUUUCUUUUUUGUUCUUUUUUUUUUCCCUCUCUUUCUCUUCUUUUUAUAGCUGGCUUGCUGCAUGGCUGGUGUAUGACUAAACGAUGGAGAUGGAGAUGGAGAUGAUGACGAUGGUGAUGACGAGAG